AUGAAACCAACAAUCUCAGCCCUCCUUCUCGGAGGUCUAUCCGUCCUCCAGGUUGGAGCCACAGAAGUUGACGAGGUGCAGUCGCCAAAAUGCCCUGGCUAUCGUGUAUCAAAUGUUUCCACAAGUUCGGAGGGAUUAACGGCGCAAUUGGUCCUUGGCGGAGAGGCGUGUAACCUCUACGGUACGGAUAUCGAAGAACUCACGAUCGAAGUCACCUAUGAAACAGAAUCACGUCUCCACGUCAAGAUACAGGAUGCCGCUCUCAAUGUAUACCAGGUCCCCGAAUCCGUCUUGCCGCGCCCCGUUGCUAGCCAAGAGGCCGAUGAGAGUAGUUCGCUUCUACGGUUCGACUUCGAGCCCGACCCUUUCUCCUUCACAAUCUCCCGCGUCGACACGGAGGAAGUCAUCUUCGACACGGCGGGAUCCGAGCUCAUUUUCGAGUCGCAGUACCUUCGCCUCCGGACCAAGUUACCUUCCAACCCCAACCUCUACGGCCUCGGCUCCCACACGGAUCCCUUCCGCCUCAACACGACCGACUACGUGCGGACCCUGUGGAACGCAGAUUCUUAUCGGGUACCCGAGGGCACCAAUCUGUACAGCAGCCACCCCAUCUACUUUGAGCACCGAGUUUCCGGGACGCACGGCGUGUUUUUGCUGAAUUCUAACGGCAUGGACGUGAAAAUCGACAGCGACGACGAGGAGGAAGACGGGCAGUAUCUGGAGUACAAUACGAUUGGCGGUGUGCUCGACUUUUACUUUUCGCGGGACCUACCCCGAUCGAGGUUUCCCAGCAGUUCGCUCUCGUGGCCGGACUACCUGCCAUGGUACCUUAUUGGGGUGGUUGCCAACUACAGCCGCGCCGGGAUCCCGCUGGAAACCAUGUACACCGACAUUGAUUACAUGGAUCGACGUCGCGUGUUUACCCUUGAUUCGGAACGAUUUCCUCUAGCCAAGGUGCGCGAGCUCGUGUCGCUGCUCCAUUCCCGCGAUCAAAAGUACAUCAUGAUGGUCGACCCAGCCGUAGCGCAUGCGCCCUAUCCAGCAUUCGAUCGCGGAAUCGAAGACAACGUCUUCCUUCAGGAUCCCGACAGCGACUCGGUGUGGCGGGGCGUGGUGUGGCCCGGAGUAACCGUUUUCCUCGAUUGGUUCGCAGAAAACGCGACGGAAUACUGGAUCAACGAAUUUGAUCUGUUUUUCAACCCAGAGAGCGGCGUGGAUAUCGACGGUCUGUGGAUCGACAUGAACGAGGCCGCCAACCCUUUUUGCGACUUCCCUUGCGACGAUCCAGAGACCGCCGCAAUCGAUUACCCCCGGAGCCUCCUGCGCUGCCCGGAUGGAACCGAAUGUGUCAACUUUGUGGAUACGGAAAGCAGAUCAAGAAAAGUGCGGGCCGUGGGGGCCGGCAACAUCCUCGCUCGGUCUAGCGAGCAGGGCAACGGCACAAAGAUGGGCCUUCCGGGCAGAAACCUGCUCUUUCCCGACUACGCGAUUCACAACAAAGCGCCCAACAACAUAACCUGGGAGACGAACAACGGCAGUAUUUCCAACCACACAAUCAACACGGAUGUCAUCCACGAGAAUGGGCUUGCGGAGUACGAUACGCACAACCUGUACGGCCUUAUGAUGGCGGUCACUUCCCGUGAAGCCAUGUUAAGCCGCCGCCCGAGCGUACGGCCCCUGAUUGUGACGCGAUCAACUUUCACGAGCGCCGGAAACACGACGGGCCAUUGGCUGGGGGACAACGAGUCUACGUGGGACAAGUACCGAGCGAGUAUCCGCACCAUGAUCCGCUGCCGCGAUCUAUCAGAUUCCCUUUGUCGGUUCCGACGUGUGCGGCUUCGAGCAGAACACGACGGAGACGCUUUGCGCGCGUUGGGCGUCCCUUGGUGCUUUCUCUCCCUUUUACCGCAACCACAACGGAUUCACUCCCUCAUCUCGCAAGAAUUUUAUCGUUGGGAGGUAGUCGCCGAGAGCGCCAAGAAUGCCAUCGACAUUCGUUACCGCCUCCUCGACUAUAUAUACACGGCCAUACACAAGCAAACGAUAGACGGGACACCGGUUGUGAAUCCCAUGUUUUUCCUGUACCCCAACGACCCGGAGACCUACGGGCUCGAGCUUCAGUACUUUUACGGCUCCGGAUUACUCGUAGCCCCGGUCACGGAAGAAAACUCGACCUCGGUUCGGGUGUACUUCCCCGACGACAUCUUUUACGACUGGUACACCCACGAAGCCCUCGAUAGCAGCGGUCAAUACGAGGAUCUAACCGCCCCGCUCACGAAAAUCCCGCUCUUCGUCCGCGGGGAGCGAUUCUUCCCGCGCGAGUCAAGUCCGGGAUGA